CUCCGCGAGGUGAUUUCAUCUCUCCGACUCUCACCUUGUACACUUAUCUAUCUUCCCACACCAAAGUUGCCUUAAAUAGCUUCAAGACUAACGAUUUUCUGUCCAGUGUGGACAGAUAACUUGACAGUAGACGCUGGAUUGCCAUCCUUAAAUCUUUAGAGUUUUCCUAUCACUUGGAACCAUUUUUAGAUGUGGAACGGAUGGUAAGGAUGUGCCAUGAGGACAUUUAUUUGACAACUACAAAUAGAGUACAACAGGGAAACACUUGAACGACCUUCAGAAGAGUCGACUUUUUAAAGGAAUCUCUGCGCGUACGCGACUACAGUCGCGCCUCUGAAAGUUAGCCGUCAGGUGUCAUAAAGACUUUUAAACAGUGACAUUUGUGAAAGUAUAUUUGUUAUAUGUAACCCCAUAUUAAAUAAUGGCGGUUUUGUCGUUUUCACGCACAAUACUGAACGGAGAAAGCAGAUUGCUGUUGCUAUGGUUACUUUUACGCGCGGACGCGACUUCUGUCAGCGAAGUUUUAUUUAGCGCGCGAAUGUGUCUUUUGUGGAAACAUAUAGUAUAUAUGUAAAAGAACAUACUUUGAAGAUUCAUUCUACUUAUUGUUUUGACGACUUUUGCAGGGGGCUACAGACCCUCCAAUACUAGCGAAUUCGCAUCCUGCGGUACAGGUUGUAUAAGUAACAUUCUACAUGUCGGGCAGCCCUGAGCGCAGCACGAUGGGGAGUCGGUGGGGAGAAUGUCCUCCCCGAGCUCUCUCUCACAGGAGAAUCUAGACGCUCCAUGAUCUCUCAGCAUGCCUACCUGGACGAACCGGUCCAACUGUUCCUUCAACUGCAGUUGGGAUGAUAACGCGACAUACUGGGGAUUCGAGCACCCGGUCAACAUUUUCCCCAUUCCAGUGCUAACCGGGGUCACCGUCACCUGCGUGCUCUUCUUCUUUGUGGGUGUAACGGGGAAUCUCAUGACCAUUUUAGUGGUGACAAAAUACAAGGACAUGCGAACCACCACCAACUUGUACCUGUCCAGCAUGGCCUUUUCGGAUUUACUCAUUUUCCUCUGCAUGCCUCUGGACUUGUAUAGAAUCUGGAGGUACCGACCUUGGAAUUUCGGCAACAUACUUUGUAAACUCUUUCAGUUUGUGAGCGAGUGUUGCACGUACUCGACCAUUCUAAACAUCACUGCUCUCAGCGUGGAAAGAUACUUUGCUAUUUGUUUUCCUCUUAGAGCGAAAGUAGUCGUGACCAAGGGUCGCGUACGCGGGGUCAUUUUGGUCCUCUGGAUAGUAUCCUUCUUUAGUGCAGGACCUGUGUUUGUGCUCGUCGGGGUUGAGCAUGAAAACGGGACAAACUCGUGGGAUACUAACGAAUGCAAAGCGACGGAAUAUGCCAUUAGGUCUGGGCUCUUAACCAUUAUGGUUUGGGUCUCCAGCAUCUUUUUCUUCUUGCCUGUGUUCUGCUUAACUGUACUGUAUAGUCUCAUCGGGCGAAAGCUCUGGAAGAGAAAGAGGGAGACGAUUGGGGAAAACGCAUCGAGUCGUGAUAAAAACAACAGACAGACAGUCAAAAUGCUGGCUGUGGUGGUGUUUGCCUUCGUGCUCUGCUGGCUUCCCUUUCAUGUUGGACGCUACCUGAUCUCCAAAUCCACAGAGAUGGGCUCUCCUGUCAUGUCCGUCAUCAGCCACUACUGUAAUCUUAUCUCCUUUGUACUCUUUUACCUGAGUGCAGCAAUCAACCCUAUUCUGUACAACAUCAUGUCUAAGAAGUACAGGAUGGCAGCCUGCAAACUUUUCGGACUGCAUCACACCCCACGAAGAAGCACAUCGGUGGUCAAAGGAGAGAGUUCCCCGUGCUGGACGGAAUCGACUGCCAGCCUGUGACUCUGACGGACUAUCUUUAGCAUUAACAGCCAUUUCAGACCUCAUCUAGCCUACUGCUGCCACCAUUUUGUAAGAUAAUAGCUCCUUAAUUAGACUGAAGAUCCACAUGGACAUCUCAUACAUUUUCAGACAGAUCAGGGAGUAGUUUAGAUAAUAUUCUAUUCAUGAACAGCCAUUCGUCCAUCCAAGCUCAACAUUUCAUUAGAUGCCUUGACGUUUUAUAAAAAUAUGCUUGUAAAUAGACAUAAAAAGGGAGAGGGUAAAAAGAUAACUUCAGUUGCCUUAACUCUAAAUGAAAUCUGGAAGACAAAAUUAGCACUGUAGAUACAGCAGCCUUAUGCACCCGACGACAGGGACUGCAGAGGUGAUGCCAUUCAUUUGCAUUGUGCCUGAAUGCACGUCAUGCUCUCUUAGCAACUGUUGACACUUUCUUUAUGUGCGUGUUCAUAAGGCUCGGCUCCAGACCUGAAGCAAUACACAGAAUUCAAAGGAAAGUUAAUUAAAAAUAAAGAAACAUACAAGUCAGAAUUGCAUUUGUGCAUUUAAGUACUCAUACCUCAUAAAGCUUGCUUUUGUUCUGAGUGUUUCAUGUGCUAAAUGUAAAAACUACUGAUACUGAAUUACCCAGUUAUACAGAAGAGUUUCAUUUAAAACCACUGCAAUAAGUGUUGUGACAGUAUAUUUGUAUGUUACAUCCAGUAGUACCUGUUGUGGAAGCUGCAUGUCUUGUGUUCUAAAUGUUGUACAGUAUAGAAUCUUACAUCUUUGUAUAUUGUAAAAUAUGUAAAUAUAACCAU